ACACUAGUAAUGAAUUUAGUACAACCUUUUUUUGUAGUGAAACUUCAGCUAUGUUCCAAAAUUUGCUGUCAACACAACUAAUGUAUAGUAUAGUAGUAACUAUAGAUUGUCAGUACUAGCAGUAAAUUUUUGAACAGUCUUUGACCAUGGCUCAACUAUCGUCUGUCUUAACAUAACCUUGACACGUUUCUCGAAUGCGAUAGUAAACAAGUGAAACAAUUUUAUCAAUCUAUUUCCUUAAUUAGAAUAUUCCACAAUGUCUGAGAAUACGAACGAAACAGUAGUUGAGAAAGAAAUCGCCGUUGAAGACCCAAAUGCUGUUUCAGAAGAGGAUAAGCAGUUUUUAAUGGAAUAUGUUCUGGAAGCAGAACAGAGACUUACGACGAAAGAAGAAAUUCGUGCAGCUAAUCUAAAUCCCACAAGACCUCCAGAUGCAUCAUUCAGUAAACUCGACUCAAGUCUAAAAAGAAACACUACAUUUGUCAAGAAACUGAAAAACUUCAGUGUGACCCAACUCGACACAGUUUUAAAAGAUAUGGCAAAUUUAAAUCUGACCAAAUAUAUAAGUGAAGUUGCCACUGCUCUAGUAGAUGCCAAAAUAAAGAUGACUGAUGUUGCACCCGCUAUUAGAGUAUGCAGUUUCCUCCAUCAAACAUAUGCUGAGUUUUCUACUCAUUUUUUUGAAAAUUGGCAAAGAGUAUUAUCACUGAAGGUUGGCGACAAAAUCACAAAUCCCAGCAAAUUGAGAGUAGAUCUUCGAUUUUAUGCAGAGCUGAUAAAUGCUGGGAUAUUUACACAUAAACAAGGCUUACCUUUACUUGGCUCGAUAUUGACUAUGUUGAUCAAUAUGGAUAAGGAGGAACAUAAUAAUGCUAGUAUAAUAUUAAGUUUCUGUCGACACUGUGGCGAAGAUUAUGCUGGCCUUGUGCCUAAAAGAGUGCGAGAACUGUCUGAAAAAUUAAAUGUUUCAAUUCCAAAAAGUAAAUUGUUGUCUUCAGACAAACAACAAAAUGUUAAGUUACUGCUGCGUGAUUAUUAUAAUUCAAUGUGUAAGCACUUGCUAAAGGAACAUAAAGAAUUGCAAGCAUUUGAAAAGCAGAAUCGCAAAAUACUGCAAACUAGAGGAGAAUUGAGUUUGGAACGAAAAGAAAAGUUAGAAACUCUACAAGUCUCUUAUGAACGUUUAUUAAAUAGCGUACAAAGUUUUUCUGAUACAUUAGACGAACCAAUGCCCGAGCUUCCAGUGGAUAAUGAAAUUAAGGCAGAAACGGAAGAAAUGCUAAAGAUGAUAAAUGAGGGAGAAGAUAAUACUACAUUAGAGGAUAUGUGGGGUGAUGAAGAAACAAGACGUUUUUAUGAAGUGUUACCAGAUUUGACCGUCUUCCUACCGGGUUCAUAUUUAAAAGAUACCUCAAAGGAUACUUCAAAAACAGAUAUAGCGAUAACGGAGGAUGCUCUUGAUGAAGAAAUAGUUUUUGAUGAAUUAGAAGACACUGAGAAGAUUGAAGAACCACCAGAGGUGGAAAUAGAAGAGCCACAGGUAUCUAACACGAGCAACAAGAUACUGUUGGAUGCUUUUCUGACACACCUACCAAACUGUGUGAAUCGCGAAAUGAUUGACAAUGCCGCAGUAAACUUUUUGAUAAAUCUUAAUACGAAACACAACAAGAAAAAAUUGGUAAAGGCUCUUUUCGGCGUUUCUAGAAUUCGUCAGGAUCUACUACCUUUUUAUUCUCGUUUAGCAGCUAUUCUCUAUUUGGUGAUGCCUGAGAUUGGCAAUGACUUGUGCCAAAUGCUAAAACAAGAUUUUAAAUAUCAUGUGCGCAAGAAGGAUCAAAUAAACAUCGAAUCAAAAAUAAAAGUAGUUCGUUACAUCGGUGAACUUGUUAAAUUCAAACUUUAUUCUAAAAUAGAGGCAUUGUACUGUUUGAAAGUUCUAUUGCAUGAUUUUACACAUCAUCAUAUUGAAAUGGCUUGCAACUUGCUUGAGAUUUGUGGCCGAUAUCUUUUCUGUUCGCCAGAUUCUCAUCAAAGAACUAAGGUUUACCUGGAGCAGAUGAUGCGUAAAAAGGCUGUUACCGCGCUCGAUUCACGCUAUGUCACGAUCAUUGAAAACGCGUACUAUUUUGUGAAUCCACCUGAAUCAACUGGCGGCGUCAUGAAAAAAGACAGACCACCUGUACAUGAAUUUAUUAGAAAACUAUUAUAUCAGGACCUUUCUAAAACAAAUACAGAUAAGGUGCUUAAAUGGAUGCGUAAACUUGAUUGGGAGGAUGAAAAUGUAUCAUCUUAUGCUAUAAAAUGUCUCACUGCAGCUUACAACGUCAAAUAUCCUAAUAUCCGAUGCGUGGGAAGCUUAUUAGCUGGCUUAGUAGCUCAUUACGAGACUAUCGGGCCUCAAGUAGUCGAUGGUGUACUUGAAGACAUACGAUUAUGUAUGGAAAUCAAUCUGCCCAAAUUCAAUCAACGGCGCAUUGCCAUGGUCAAGUAUUUGGGCGAGCUGUAUAACUACCGAAUGGUGGAGAGUGGCGACAUUUUUCGUACUUUAUAUUUGCUCAUCACAUUCGGGAUUAGUGUAGACCAUUCAUUACCGAGCGUGCUCGAUCCACCUGAUCACCUCUUUCGUAUUCGCCUGGUGUGCACAUUAUUGGAGACAUGCGGCCAGUACUUUAGUGGCGGAUCUAGCAAAAAAAAGCUUGACUAUUUUCUUGUAUUCUUUCAGAACUACUUUUGGUUCAAGUACACAGACCCGAUUUGGACAUCUGAGAAUCCGUUUCCUGUCGGAAUAGAUUACAUGUAUCGCGAUACAUUAACGAUGCUACGACCCAAAAUGCAAUUGUUUCAGAGUUACAAGGAAGCGCAAUGUGCUGUGGAAGAAUUGCGCAAUACUCUAUAUCCGACUUUAGGUAAUCCUCCCAUUGAUGACACUGUGGAAGGCGACAACGACAUGAGCGUUAUUAUGGAAGGCGACGAAGAAGCAGCGAUAAUCGGAAAUGGUAGUGGAGACGCAAAAGGUAUUGCCGAGCUGCAUUUUGAAGAAUCUGAAGAUUGUUCAGAGGCGCAGUCAGAAGAGGAAUGGAUAGCCGAUGUGGAACGGGAUGAUGCUAUGGGUACUCAGGAAAACACUCAGGGUGAUCGAUCUCAGAGUCUGUCAGCGGAUGGUGCCACUGAAGGCGUAAUCAUGGAUGUGACUGAGGAAUUAAAUGCAGCUUUGCCAGCUGGACCACGACGCGUGAGCUGUCCAGAAGACGAUGAUUUCUUGUCAGCGUUAGAUAAAAUGGUUUCAGACAACAUACAAGAUCGCAUGCGAGAUUCGGUAAAACCACAACAAGUUGAUAUUUCUGUACCAUUGCAUGUGAAGAGUACAAAAAAGACAUAUGAACAGCUACAAGAGAGACCGACUGAUAAUAACACAGUAGAUUUUGUGUUAAUGCUGAGGAAGGGUAACAAACAACAAUACAAAAAUCUUGCGGUACCAGUAUCAUCCGAGUUGGCUAUGAAUCUUAGGAAUCGCGAACAGGAACAGAAGGAGGAGAAAGAGCGCGUAAAACGUCUAACUUUGAACAUUACUGAGCGGCAAGAAGAGGAAGAUUAUCAAGAGACUAUGAAUCAAAGCACGAGACCGGUUACUGUAAAUUUGAAUAGAGAACGGCGACAAAAAUAUAAUCAUCCUAAAGGGGCGCCUGAUGCCGACCUCAUUUUUGGACCAAAGAAAAUUCGAUAAGUUUGAUUAAUAACUCUUAAAGCUGAACGAUUAUAUUCCAUUGGAAAAUUAAUGAUGCAUCUGUGAAAUUCAACUUACAUUUUGGACUCGUCUACUCAACUCCCAUAAUUAAGUAACUUUGAUUAUAGUUUUACCACUUUUUAUUAUAUUUUCAAAGUUUUUUUUUUUUUAGACAAAAGUGGUAUAUUGAAUGUAUCAGAACUUGGACAAUACAAAUGUAUCAUAUGUAUAGAUGAGAUGUAAGUUAGUGCAUUUAAACGAAUCAGAGGUAGAUUAUAAGACUGAUACAGUAAACUCUCAUUAAAAAAGAGUAAUUAACUUCGAUAUAUAUUAUUCAAAUUUUUCCUUGAUCGAUAUGUAAAAAAAUCAAUAUGUGGAAUAUUACAACGCACUGCCGAUUUUUUUAUUAAGGGCAGAGUUUAUUGUAUCAUAUAAAUAAACUCUUAAUGCAAGAUAUGAUAUAGAUAUGAUAUAUAGCAAUUGAUAUAUUAUUUAUUAUACACAUUUGAUUGAAGAAUUUAUGUAUCAUGUAUGUUAUCACUAAACAUUUUUACACAGAUUUAUAUUCAAUUAUUAUUUUAUGAUUUUCAACAAAAGCUGUGUUGUGAUAUAAUAUAUCAAUUUGUAUACAUGAUGAUAUUUUUGACACUAUUUCAUAUUAUAUUUGAAAAUGUCCUUUUUUUUCUCUAUAGAAAUCACUCAUAUAGAAUAUAUAAAUGAAGUGAAAUUUGCAGACUGCAUCAAACUUCCUAUUGAAAGAGCAAAACGAAUAAAAAACUCAACAUUGAUGUACAAUUAUUUAUUUUUAUCUAAGAAAUUAUCGUCAUGUACAAAAUGAAUAUAAAUAAAUGUUUUAGGUGCUUAAACAUUUGAUGGCUCCGCAAUAAGUUUUAUAAUAAUGAUAUUUACGUAUAUCUACCGAAAUACAUGAAAUUGAUAAACAUAUAAA